CAUCUGUAACCAGUAAACAACCAACAUACCGAACACUAACAUCAGCAGAGAAAAUCCUGGAGAACUCCCAAAACAGUUAAAGAAGAGGGAUCUAACUGCGUGUGAUAUCUUGUUUUAAUUCUUUAUUUCCUAAAUCCGAUUAUUUUAAGAUCGGGAUUUGACGUGAUUUACUCGCUUGAUAUUUUGAGAUGUUUGAUAUUAUGAUAAAUAAGUGAUGUUUAUGAGCGGUAUGCCUGUUACACGCUUGUGUUCCCCUACAUGUUAAUGAGGAAAAACAUUAAGAUGUACUGGAUACUGAUUUUCAUGUCUUUGUCUCCGGGAGUCGCAGGCACUAUACAGCAAUUCAGAGUGGAUGGGUUCUUCGGAGACUCCAGUAUCGGCGCCAUUAACAUGUUCAAAUGGGCGAUGAAGGAACUAAAUAUGGACAGUUUGAGGAACCCGGGUGUGCCCACGGCCAACUUCCUGUCCCAGUCAGUGAGGGGAGACGACCCCUAUGAGUCAGGAAGGCAAGUAUGUGAUUCUAUACGGAACGGUAGUCGAGUCAUCUUUGGUCCCUUCAGUAGAGCGUCAGCCAAUCACGUGCAGUCAAUAGGGCGUGGUCUCCAGAUACCGGUUAUACAGGCUCACUGGGACCCCCGGGACCUGAUAACGAAUUCCUUCUCCAGAGACAAAAGCCCCUCCUUUGUCAAUUUGUACCCAAGCUACGCCAACCUGAGUCAGGGAUACCGAUACAUCGUCCGGGAAUUCCACUGGAAAAAUCUAACAUUGCUCUAUGAAGACGACAACGGAUUAAUCCGAGCACAAGAAAUAAUGAAGUUAGAACCGACAACAGAAGUGUACCUCCGGAAGUUAGAGGAUAAUCCAGAAAGCUUGUACAACAUGUUUACUGAAAUGAAGGACAAUGAAGAAUAUAGAGUUGUCCUCGACUGCAAGACCUCCAGUAUUGUACAUAUAUUACAUAGGGCAUUGCAGUGUAAUGCAUUGACAGAGAAUUUUCAUUACUUCAUUACAAAUUUAGAUCUCCACAUGGUUGAUUUGUCACCGUUUAAGUAUUCAGGAGCCAAUAUUACCGGGGUUAGUCUUAUCAACGUAAACAGCCCAGUUCUUGCGGAAGUCAAGUCUAAAUUAUUGACGUCAUUUCCGGGUAAAAAUGAUCCCUACUCACCUUUUUAUAAUGGACCUCAACAGAUUUCGACUGAGCUGGCUUUUAUAUACGAUAGCGUGCUGUUAUUGAGAGAAGCUCUGAACGUGACUCUGUCGAACAAAAAACACCUGAAUUUCAGUCAGAGCGUGAGUUGUGACAAGGCUGCACCAUGGGAAGAUGGCCGAGACUUCUAUGAUUAUAUCAGAACAAUCACAUUAUUUGACGGUCUAACUGGAAUGGUUCAGAUCGGUCGGUUUGGAGAAAGAAACAUGUUCACGCUGAAUAUAUAUCAACUAACCAGGAGCCAGCUUAGACGUAUUGGGUCCUGGGAUCCUGUACAGUCCGUUAAUAUGAAGCUAGUACACAGAAACGCAACUCGAAUACGAGGAGUCAGGACCUACAAGGUGGCAGUAGUGGUGGUCAAACCCUAUGUUAUUUUAAAAGAUGGAGAAUAUGAGGGAUUUUGUAUCGACAUAAUGGAUGCUCUGGCAGAGCGACUAAAUUUUAAGUACGAGGUGGUACAACCUCCAGACAGAGAAUACGGUAACUGUGAAGAGCUGGCUAAUGGUACCAUUAAGUGCUGGGGGAUGGUUAAGAUGUUAGUCGACAACGAAGUGGACAUGGCAAUUACCGGAUUUACUAUUACACACACAAGAGCGAGAUAUGUAGACUUUACCAAACCAUUUAUGAAUCUGGGGAUCACAGUUUUGUUCCGGAAGCCAAAACCUGAUCCCCCGGAACUAAUGUCCUUCUUAGCCCCCCUUGACAACAUUGUGUGGGCAGGGAUAAUUUCGGUGUUUCUUGGGGUCAGUUUGGUGCUUCUUAUUACGGCUCGAUUCACGCCCUAUGAAUGGAUUAAUCCGCAUCCCUGUGAUCCAACAACAGAGGAAGUGGAGAACCAGUUCACUCCCCUUAGUUCCCUGUGGUAUGUCAUAGCGGCGCUCAUGCAGCAGGGUUGUGAGUUGGCCCCUGUGGCGAUAUCAACGCGGACUGUGGCGGCAUGUUGGUGGUUCUUUACGCUGAUCCUGAUCUCUUCCUACACCGCCAAUCUAGCUGCCUUUCUGACUGUGGAAAAUGUAGUCUCACCAAUCGAAAGUGCCGAGGAUCUGGCCAGACAGUCUAAGAUCAAAUACGGAACCACCGAAGGAGGGAGUACCUUAGAGUUCUUCAAGACGUCUAGCAAUCCCACAUACGUUCAAAUGUAUAACGUUAUGGAGAGUGCAGACCCUCCAGUGUGGGCCAAAAUAGAGGAGGGGGAGAGACGAGUCCUCCAAGGAGACUAUGCCUACCUAUCAGAAUCGUCCUCCAUCGAAUACCGUGUUGAGCGCAACUGCGAUUUGAUGCAGGUCGGAAACUGGCUGGACUCCAAAGGAUACGGGAUCGGUCUUCCAAAAGGCUCAGAAUUAACAGACGAUGUAUCAAGGGAGAUAAUAAAAUUGCAAGAAGAGCAGAAAAUUCAAAGUAUGUAUGACAAGUGGUGGAAACAGAAGAAAGCUGUAGAUUGUUCAGGGGGGACAACCAAAACGACAAACCCGCUCACGAUGGAGAAUGUAGGCGGGAUUUUCCUCGUGCUAAUUAUAGGAACGUUUUGUGGGCUUAUUGUCGCCCUUGGGGAAUUCCUGUGGAUUGCACGACAAAAUGCCAGGAAAUACAAUUCUCCGUGGCGGUCUGAAAUAUGUAAGGAGUUUCGUUUUGAAUGGAAGUGUGGACGGGCUUUUCAUAAAUCUGAGUCUAGUGUAGCAGAGAAUGGACUUCAAAGCAUCCCCCUGACGAAAAGCUAUCCAAAAGCCAAUGGUGGGCAAGAUAUUGCAUACGACAGAAGGAAUGAUGAUGAUGACGUCACGUGACGUCAGUAAACGCACUUCUCAUAAAAUACCACUCAUAUCAUUCAUAUUUUAUCAUUUUAUAAUUUAUUGUUUAAAGGUUUGAUUGUUUUUCAUUGUUAAUUUGUUCUUUUUUGAUUUAUGUGAUGCUUGAAUGUUGAUUGAAAAUUAAAAUAUUUUGAAUAAAAAAA